CUCAACACACACACCACAGCCUCCGAACGCCUCAUCUCCUCCACCAGAGCGAGAGGAUCACAGAGAGGGAGAGUAGAAGUGACGGGAGAACAACAGCAGCAUCACUGACAAGCGUUUCCCUCACUGGGGGAGACAGAGAGAAGGAGGUGGGGAGAGGAGAAGUGGAGAGAAAAGAAAAAAGGAGAGAGACAGAGAGCAACACAGUGAGGGGAAUAAGUUUUCGGUUGGAGGGAGGACAAGCAAGGGAGAGUUUGGAGUGAGAGAGCUUGGUGGGUGGCAGCAGGGGGGAUUGGGAGCUUCAUUUUCCUUUUUCUUUUUACGGCUGUGAGCACCGCCUGCCACCUCUCUUCUCCUUCUUCCCCCAUCCUCUCCUCCUCCUCCUCUUUUUCCUCCUCUCUGCUCCUCUUCUCAUCCUGACUCUCCUCUCCCAGCUCCCGCCGUGGGGUCUCAGCUCUCCAUCUCCCUCCCCCCCUCCCUUGCUCCCUACCUCCCUCGGGCGCUGCUGGGAGCCUCCGGGCUGCUGCGCCGCAGGAGGAUGUCUCGCAGGGAGUCUCCGCCGCCGCCCUCACCACCUCCACCUCCGCAGCUGCUGGGAGUGCGGAGAGGAGAGGUGGAGAGUGAGGAUCGUCCGGAGCGUGCUGAGCCGCUGUCCGAUGCUGAGAGGGAGAUCGUCCAGGACACGUGGGGGCACGUCUACAAGAACUGCGAGGAUGUGGGGGUGUCUGUGCUGAUAAGGUUCUUUGUCAACUUCCCAUCGGCCAAACAGUACUUCAGCCAGUUCCAGGACAUGGACGAUCCAGAGGAGAUGGAGCGAAGCAGCCAGCUUCGACACCAUGCCCGCAGGGUGAUGAAUGCCAUCAAUACUGUGGUGGAGAACCUCCAUGACCCAGAGAAGGUAUCAGCAGUGCUGGCCCUGGUGGGAAAGGCCCAUGCUAUUAAACACAAGGUGGAACCCAUGUACUUCAAGAUCCUGAGCGGUGUGAUGCUGGAGGUGUUGGCUGAAGAUUUCCCAGAAUUCUUCACAGCAGAGGUGCAGAUGGUGUGGACCAAACUGAUGGGGGCGGUGUACUGGCAUGUGACAGGAGCCUACACAGAGGUGGGCUGGCUCCAGGUCUCCAGCUCAGCCGUGUGAACAGUUUGGAGGAAGAGGGGGUAAAAAAAGUUUCACUUGCAAAGAGUUCUGUGAGGAUGGUUUCACAGACAUGGAUGAGAUUAACGUGGUAAUCCGUGCAACUCUGUACUUUAUUUUGGUGACGUUUUGGGUGCUAAGCCUUCAUUGCUGUGGUGUUUACAUUGCAGUUUCCAGAGAUCACUUGGACACCAAAAAAUAUAGCCAGAACACAUUUUUACAUUUGUUCUAAUGAAGUUUUACCCAGUAUAAGUGACACUUUGGUCUGUGUUUUGAACCAUGUAGCUAUCACUGCUAAUGCCAACUAUCCAGCUCUUCUACUGUAUUCCAAACAAAUGACUGUUUCUGCCAAAAGCAUACAACAUGACCCUUCGCUAAGCCCUACCCCCCUUAGUUACUGUCAGCAGGCCUGUCAAGCUUUUCAGUCUCGUCACAAACGCAGUUUACAAUGACAGUGUUGUCAGAUUACCUCUCAAAAUUCUUGCUAACUUUUGCCACCCAUUCUUGUUUCCAGGAGAUUUUAUCCUCUAUCGCUAGCUAGCUAAUUAAUGUUAGCUUACUUCAUUAUGCUAAUACUAACCAACUUGUAGUAACAAAAAUCAUGUUAAAGGGUCUUAAAUAUGCACCUGAAGGCUACAUAACAGCUACCUGGUGUUACGCUAAAAGGCUAAAGCUACAUGUGCUAAUUAAAAACACAGUAUCUUAACCAUGAAACAUGAAGGACACAUAGAAACAAAGGAGCAGUAUUGUUCUUGUUUUGGGGCAUGGCUAUAUACAGUGGUUCAAACAUUAUUCUACAACAGAAGAAAAGUGUGAAGAAAUAUACUGUAUUAUGGCAUUGUGGUAAAAGGAAAAUGAAAAGGCACUGGAGAAAGCUACUACCAUGUGUAAUAAGCUAGUUAGCCGAACAUGCUAACAUUUGCAGCUAAGAUUAGAACAGACAAACACAUUAUUAAUGUAACUGUACUCUACAUUUUUGGUGUUUUUGAUUGGAAAAACAACAGUCUUCAAACUCUUGAAUACCAUAUAUUAAUCUCACUACAGCACACUGCUUUAGCAUGUUGAGAAAUCCAAUGUUUGGCUAAUCUUUAUAAACAGAUACCUGCAUGUAUGCAGAAUCUGUAGGCAAUACAAUACAUUUUACAGGCAAAAUUUUGGUAUUAUAAGCAUUCUGGUUUCUGUUAGUGGCCCGAGUAUGUAUUGAUCAGUCACGUUUGCGUGGACUUUGGUUGCCUGCAGGUUAAAGGACAACUUCGGUAUUUUUCAACCUAGGCUCUAUUUCC